AUCUCGCCGACGAUUCUAAUAGCCUCCCUCCGAUUAGAUUUUCCGAUUUCAAUCCCCCAUUUUUUCAGAGAUUUCGUUUCCUUUUCCAGCCAUAUUUUUCUGCUGGGAUAUGAAAUGAUGCAGCGGCUCGUUGACAACGCCAUCGCUGUCACCAAAGAGUCAGUGAAGACGGUGACGUAUGAAUCGCUGAACAAUAUUGUGAGAUUGAUCAACGGAAUUUCGGCUUUGUUGUUAGCGCUUUUGCCUGGGAAGGCUAAUGUUCUCGAAGGAAUCCAUGGCUGGGAGCUCCGGCCUACCUUUCGUGGACCUCGAUUCCCUCGCUGGAUGGAGAAUGGCGUGUCGUCUUUCAAUCAACUCAUUCAUGAGCUUUCUGUGGAUUCGGAUACCGAAGGUUCUAGCAUAGAUUAUGAGGAAGAAUAUAGUGAUGAUGACAUGUCUCCUGCUUCACCUUGUUCACAAAGCUCAAGAGUCUCCAGGUCUUCUAGUAUUCCGAAGGAGUGGACAGGAUGGAUGUGGAUCAGUUACAUAUUUUAUUGGAUUUUGUUUCCUGCAAGGUUCAUGCUUGGCCUUCCUGGUCUUCUUUGCCGUUCUUCUAAUGAGAGGUCCACGCCACCCUCACCAGGAGGCAGUCAUUUUUCGCGGAGGAGUAGUUCUUUGAAUAAAGUGCAGUUCCUCAAGGAUCACAUUAUUCAGCGCACUACUGAUAGGAGACGUGGAGUCAUUGAGGAUCUUCAUCUUGCGAUUGAGAUAUUCAUAGAAGCUGUAUUCGAUCUUGUUUAUAAAGCUGCCCAUUUUGUUCUUCACCCAUUAUAUGCUCUUAGAACGCUAUUUGGGUUGUUUUCAUCAGACAGUAACAGAUUUCAAGAUACUUAUGAUAGUGCGUCAGAAGCUACUGUUCCAACAGCUACACUUGGAGAUGAUUAUCCCGCUCCUACAGAAACUACAGAUAGGAAUACUUCGUUUCAGGCAUUGAAUACUGAUGCUAGAACAUGCCAGGAUGUCAUUACAGAGCUUGGGUACCCAUAUGAAGCUAUUCAUGUGAUCACUCGUGAUGGAUAUGUUCUUCACUUGGAAAGAAUCCCAAGACGUGAUUCACGGAAAGCUGUUUACCUACAACACGGAAUUCUAGAUUCAUCUAUGGGUUGGGUCUCCAAUGGGGUUGUCGGUUCACCUGCAUUUGCUGCCUACGAUCAAGGAUAUGAUGUCUUCCUUGGGAACUUUCGUGGCUUGGUUUCUAGGGAGCAUGCUGACAAAAGCAUUUCCUCACAACAGUACUGGCAGUACUCAAUCAAUGAGCAUGGGACUCAGGAUAUCCCUGCAAUGAUAGAGAAGAUCCACCAAAUUAAAACUGCGGAAUUGAAGCUUAGUCAACCUGAUAUCGAGGAAGAAACCAAUGGUAAUCAACCUUAUAAGCUUUGUGCAGUUUGCCAUAGCUUGGGAGGAGCAGCUAUAUUAAUGUAUGUUGUAACACAGAGGAUAGAAGAGAAACCCCACAGGCUAUCAAGAUUGAUUUUAUUAUCACCUGCUGGCUUCCAUGAAGAUUCUUCCUUUAUGUUUUCGGUUGUGGAGUAUUCCUUUCAUCUAUUGGCUCCCCUUUUGCAACCCCUUGUUCCUGGCAUCUAUAUACCAACCAGAUUUUUUCGCAUGCUUCUAAACAAGUUGGCACGGGACUUCCAUAAUUACCCUGCUGUUGGAGGAUUGGUUCAGACACUGAUGAGUUAUUUUGUUGGCGGAGAUAGCUCAAAUUGGGUUGGUGUGUUGGGUAUACCACAUUAUAAUAUGAAUGACAUGCCAGGGGUAUCGUUCCAAGUGGCUCUCCAUCUUGCACAAAUGAAGCGUUCAAAAAGGUUUAGGAUGUUUGAUUAUGGGAGUGCAUCUGCUAAUAUGGAGGUAUAUGGAUCUCCAGAGCCGUUAGACUUAGGAGAGUACUAUGGGCUCAUUGAUAUUCCGGUUGAUCUUGUUGCUGGACGGAAGGACAAGAUAAUUAGGCCAUCAAUGGUAAAGAAGCAUUAUAAGGUGAUGAAAGAUGCAGGUGUGAAUGUAUCAUACAAUGUGUUUGAGUAUGCACAUUUGGACUUCACAUUUUCCCACCGUGAAGAACUCUUGGCAUAUGUCAUGUCACGCCUGUUGCUUGUGGAGCCACCUUCAAAGCAGUCCAGCCCGAAGGGUUUGAAGAUGAAGAAGAAAGGACAGCAGGUUAAUAGUUAAUUUAAGAAAACCAUGUUGUUCGUUGUUUUUGUGUGCGAUGUAGCAUGUGUUGUAUCUUUAGUUGCAGAUUACUGUUAUAGAUGAUUGAAUAUGUCAAUAUAUCUUACUCCAGUGCGAUCAGUGAUAACAGUUGCUGCCACGUUUUGCUUUCCCACUACUUUUUUCUGUGGGAAGCGAACUGUCUGGAUUGCCUGGGUGGAGAUUUGUACAAAAACCUCUUUUGUGUAUAGUUUGUAUUUUGUAAUGAAACAUGUACUCUGUACUGUAAUUUAACCUUUCAUCUGCUGUCACAAAUAAAUCAUUAUGCUAGUGAAUAAGGUCAUCUGUUUCUUACUGCAUGUUGAUGAAAUUUAUUUUUUACUGUUAAUCUUCA